UUAUUGAAAUCGAUACCUUUCUAAUUAUCGAUUACUCUCGAUUGGUACAAUUGUAACUUUUGUACAGAAACACAUUACCAACUUCGUGCAAAGAGUUUGUAUUCAACGAUCGAAAAGUUGCAGACAGUUAUAAUGUCAAAAGCACAUAGUCCUACUGUUUUUAAUGGAGAGGCUGACAAUUUUUAUGACCCAAAUUUUACUUUGGACAUUAACAAAAGGAUGCGUGUACCAAAAAGUAUUCGUGUGAGUGGCGACUACACAGAAGAAGAAAUAGCUGAUACUAAUGGUUCUAGCUGGAAUCAGAUUGUUGCAGGAGAUAAAUUUGAAAUGCAUGUUCCAGACAGAAUUUUAGUUGUUGGACAAGAACAACAUGUUGGAACUAGAGCACCACCAAGAGAAAUUACAUUAGAAAAUGCUGUUUUACCACCUGAAGCAGGCAUGGUUAGAGUGCAGACUCCACCAAGGAUUUUGACACUGGAUGACCAUUAUUUUCCGGCAGUUGAUGAAGAAGAACCAAAUUCAUACCCAACAGAAACUAAGGAUUCAUUAUCAUCUAAAUCACAUGGACAAUAUUCUACAGAAACGCAAAUAGUUAGGUAUGCUAGAGAACAGACACCCGCAUAUAGUGCACUUAAUGUUUCUCUUCCACCUAGUGAAGAGAUACAACAUUUACGUCGACAAGUAGGGAAAUUAAAUCGUCGAGUAAUGGCAAUCGAACUUGAGAUGUUACAACGUCAACAAAGAGAAAAAAUUUUAUAUGCGUUAACAUUAACGUAUUUAAUUCUUAAAGCUUUUUCAUGGUUGACCAGAAACUGAAUUUAUGUUAAGAAAAUACAAAAUAUUUGUAUCUUGUGUGAAAAAAUGGAGCUCUUUAUCCAUAUAAAUACAAGACAUUCUGGAAGAGUCUCCUUUGCUCCUAGAAGACAUUUGUAACCAAAGACUCUUUAUCUUGAAUAUGAAAUUACAACAUAUUCAAAGUAAAUGUAUGUAUCGUAUAUAUUCAAAAGUAAGUUACUCCUGAUACUUGCAUGAAAGUACUAUAAUUAAACAAUUAAACUUUUAAAGUACUAUAAUUAAAUAAUUAAACUAUAAGAAUCUUAUAAAAUUCAAUGUUUGUUAUAUUUAUAUCAUUCUUUUUUAUUGUUUACUAUGAAUUGAAACUCUUUCUUACUUAAUAUAUGUAAAAAAAUUGAAUAUAUACGAUACUAAUCUUUUUAAAGUAAUUGAAUUUGAAUUUGAGUAUGUUUGUAAAAAGUAAUUUGCAUGAUCAAAUAAGCAGAACAUGAUUUCUUUUGAUCUAUUAAAGAAUCCAUUUUACACGAAUAAUUGUAAUUGUUUAAAAGUGAUAAACUAUAAACAAAUAUCAGGCUUAAUUACAGUAUAUGACAGAUAAUUGUAAAUUUGUAAAAGUAUGGAAAAUGAUGUUAUGAGAUUCUAGGUAUUGAAAUUGAAAUUUUGAUUUCUAUUUCCUCAUUUACUGUAGUUUAAUUAUAUAUAUAAUUUAAAAUAUUAUAUUAUAGCACAAUACAUUGAUAAAAUUAUAAUUAAUUAUUAUGAAUACUUAAUUUAAUUCUAGGUUCGACGUAUUUUUUGUGGCCAUGAUAUUCACACCAUUGUACAUUUAUAACAUACAUAACAUAUUAUUAGUGAAAAAUAAAUAAAUAAUAAACUUGUAA